AUGGAAAAAUUCCUUUUUUAUCUGUUUUUCAUUGGCAUAGCAGUGAGAGCUCAGAUCUGUCCAAAGCGUUGUGUCUGUCAGAUUUUGUCUCCUAAUCUUGCAACCCUUUGUGCCAAGAAAGGGCUUUUAUUUGUCCCACCAAACAUUGACAGAAGAACUGUGGAACUGCGGUUGGCAGACAAUUUUGUUACAAAUAUCAAAAGGAAAGAUUUUGCCAAUAUGACCAGCUUGGUGGACCUGACUCUGUCCAGGAAUACAAUAAGUUUUAUUACACCUCAUGCUUUUGCUGACUUACGAAAUUUGAGGGCAUUGCAUUUGAAUAGCAACAGAUUGACUAAAAUUACAAAUGAUAUGUUCAGUGGGCUUUCCAACCUCCAUCAUUUGAUAUUGAACAAUAAUCAGCUCACUUUAAUUUCAUCUACAGCAUUUGAUGAUGUCUUUGCCCUUGAGGAGCUGGAUCUGUCCUAUAACAAUUUAGAAACAAUCCCUUGGGAUGCUGUUGAGAAGAUGGUUAGCUUGCACACCCUUAGUUUGGAUCACAACAUGAUCGAUAACAUUCCUAAGGGGACUUUCUCCCACUUGCACAAGAUGACUCGACUAGAUGUAACAUCAAAUAAAUUGCAGAAGCUGCCACCUGACCCUCUCUUUCAGCGAGCUCAGGUACUAGUGACCUCAGGAAUCAUAAACCCAUCUACUUUUGCAUUAAGUUUUGGUGGAAACCCUUUGCAUUGCAAUUGUGAAUUGUUAUGGUUGAGGCGUCUGUCCAGAGAAGAUGACCUGGAGACUUGUGCUUCUCCAGCACUUUUAACUGGUCGUUAUUUUUGGUCAAUUCCUGAGGAAGAGUUUUUGUGUGAGCCUCCUCUCAUUACUCGUCAUACACACGAGAUGAGAGUCCUGGAGGGUCAAAGGGCAACCCUGAGGUGCAAAGCCAGAGGAGACCCUGAACCUGCAAUUCACUGGAUUUCUCCUGAAGGGAAGCUGAUUUCAAAUGCAACAAGAUCUCUGGUGUAUGAUAAUGGAACACUUGACAUUGUUAUAACAACUGUAAAGGAUACAGGUGCUUUUACCUGCAUUGCUUCCAAUCCUGCAGGGGAAGCAACACAAACAGUGGAUCUUCAUAUAAUUAAGCUCCCUCACUUACUAAACAGUACAAACCACAUCCAUGAGCCUGAUCCUGGUUCUUCAGAUAUCUCAACGUCUACUAAGUCAGGCUCUAAUGCAAGCAGUAGUAAUGGUGAUACUAAAAUGAGUCAAGAUAAGAUUGUGGUGGCAGAAGCAACAUCGUCUACGGCAUUACUUAAAUUUAAUUUUCAAAGAAAUAUCCCUGGCAUACGUAUGUUUCAAAUCCAGUACAAUGGUACUUAUGAUGACACCCUUGUUUACAGAAUGAUACCUCCUACGAGCAAAACUUUUCUUGUCAAUAACCUGGCUGCUGGAACCAUGUAUGACUUGUGUGUCUUGGCAAUAUAUGAUGAUGGCAUCACUUCCCUCACUGCCACAAGAGUCGUGGGUUGCAUCCAGUUUACUACGGAACAGGAUUACGUGCGAUGCCAUUUUAUGCAGUCCCAGUUUUUGGGAGGCACCAUGAUUAUUAUUAUUGGCGGAAUAAUUGUAGCAUCCGUGCUAGUUUUCAUCAUCAUUCUCAUGAUCCGGUAUAAGGUUUGUAACAACAAUGGGCAACACAAGGUCACCAAGGUCAGCAAUGUCUACUCUCAAACUAAUGGGGCUCAAAUGCAAGGCUGCAGUGUAACGUUGCCCCAGUCCAUGUCCAAACAAGCUGUGGGACAUGAAGAGAAUGCUCAGUGUUGUAAAGUUGCCAAUGACAAUGUGAUGCAAUCUUCAGAAAUUUGUUCAAGUCAGGACCCCUCUACCACUACCUCUGCUUUGCCUCCUACCUGGACUUCAAGCACUUCUGUGUCCCAAAAGCAGAAAAGAAAGACAGGCACAAAGCCAAGUACCGAACCACAGAAUGAAGCAGUCACGAAUGUUGAGUCCCAAAACACUAACAGGAACAACUCAACUGCAUUGCAGUUAGCUAGUCAACCUCCUGAUUCUGUCACAGAGGGGCCCACAUCUAAAAGAGCACAUUCAAAGCCAAAUGCUUUGCUGUCUAAUGUUGACCAGAUCGUCCAGGAAACACAGAGGCUGGAGUUAAUCUGAAGAGCACCACUUCUCUCUCUCCUGAAAAAAGUUGCCACUGAUAUUUUUAAUGGAUAAAACUCAAAUAUGUUUCAAUUCACAAUGGCUAAUUGUUGAACUGGUGUCCUAGAAGAAAUUGUCCACAGGACCAUAAACAGAAGUCUCUGAUGUUGGUGGAACUGGCUCACAUUUCAUCCCCUUUUAAAACCAAAUU